UUGACGACCAGCCAUCUUUAUUUCACCAUGGGUUUCUUCAGCGAAGACUCCGACCAGGCUCAGGCUCAUGACCAGGUCACCAACGCCCCCCACAAGUCCGAGCUUUCUCACCAGCUGAUCGCAGCUGCCGCGUCCUAUGAGGCUGCCAAGGCAUAUGAGAAGCACGUUGCAAAAAACGGGAAACCCGACUCGCAUGCUGAGGCAAAACAGAUCUUCGCUGGUCUCACCGGUGCUUUCCUCGAUCGCCUUGUCGAGACCAAGGGCAUGGACUAUAUUGAUGCCCACCGCAACAAGAUCAAGGACGAGGCGCAUGAGCAAGCUGAACCCCAGCUCACUGGUGAAAACUAAGUCAUGUCAGCGUUGUUUAAGGCGAAUGUAAACAUAGGAAACAAGUAUCUGUAUCAUCUGUACCAUCUAUGCCGAGAUCCCCUCCUUCUGUGUCUGGGCCAGUCUAGGCCAGCCUCGGGUCCUGUAACGUUUCAGGCUGUCUUAGACAUACGAGCCAAAUGAGCGAUGGUUUUUUGCUUUCGUGAGAUAGAAAAUCGACUAUAGAUGCAC